AAAAUUAGAUGUAACGGUAAAUAUUGCAAUUGAAUAUGAAAUAGUGAUUCGGAAUCAAUAACGCAAUCCAAUCAGGACCUCGAAGCAAAUUAAGUUAUAUAUUAACGUUACGCGGUUAUAUUAGCGUACUUAAUUAAAAUAUGGUUUCAGCAAAAAAUGUCCAGAGUUAAUAUUGAAGAUAGUCCAGGACAGGUUAAGUCUUAAUGUGGUGCUAUUGUGAUGUUUAAGAGGAAGUGGUUGUAACUCCGUAUUAACGAAUUUAAAUAUAUUUUUCAUAGUGUUAAACCGGAUUUUUUAUACUAAUGUUAUCCAGUCUGUUACCGUUAGGCGAGGCACUGAUGUGUUUGAAUUUUACUACGCUGUCCGGCAAUACUGAUUCUAGAACAGUCUGCUGUGUAUGCUCUCGCUGUACUUUGACGUCAUACGCCGUUCAGUCUGCGCAGCGCUGUAUGCAUAUUAUGUAUUCAAUCUAUCCGUCGUACCUGUGCCUUGUCGACAUCACACGAAACCCACGUCGUAAUCAACCUCUUUCCAAAGUCUGGAAAAAGCAGUUUACAUUAACAACUUUGAGAUAAAUGCGACUAUCGGACUAUCACGUGGGUUUGUUGUGCGUUUGACCGAAGCGGAAGGCAUCGUAAAUUCACUGACUACGUAAUAAAUAAGACUACUCGCGAAAAGAAGUCGGAUUUGUUCCUACAGCUUCGUACUUAAACUUGUAAACUCUUGUUUAUGGAUUAUGGAAAUACUUGCCUGAUGGCUUUACUACUGCAAGUUGUCAUUUCUUCAACUGAUGCCCGACUUCAGCUUUUUGAAGUGCCACAGUCUGUCGAGUCCCUUAUUAGUAUUCUGAAGGAGAAACUGCAGUUACAAGGACAGUUCAUCUUGCAAUUUCAGGACCCUGAUUUUGGGAAUGCCCUUUGCAGCCUGACUGACAUCUCGGAACUGACCAGUGAAAAAGCAGUCUUGCAUAUUCCCGUAACAUCCAUGCAACCACACGGAUGCUUCACUUGAAGAACAAAGACUUUUAUUGAUUGAUGAAACAAAAAAGGCAAGAAGCAACAUGGUGGUCAUACGUGAAAAAAUGGGAUUAACUUUUUCCCUGAGGAGAAAAGAAGUGGUAGAAGAUCAACCAAUAGUUGUAGACGUGCAGCAGAGGUGGCCUGCACUUUUUCUCCAGGAACAGAUUGCUGAGGAAUUCUUCAGAAUCACGAAUAAAGACCUUCUUGAUGUCUUCAAAGCAGCAAUGGACCGAUUUACACCAAAGCUCUUGAAAGUAUACAGAGCUCGAAAAACUGCAUUUGGAGAGGAUAUGGAACAGCUCCUAGAAAGACUUGAUGAAAGGAUGACAGAUAUUCUCAAAACAGAUAUUGUUAAUCACAGAAGGACUACUGCUUUGAAAGGCCUGCCUUUGUUUCUUCGAGAGGACCUAAACAAGCUGUUCAAGACAUGCAAAGACACCGAAGAUGGGGCAAAAGCAGUGUCUAUUGGCAUUCUGUGUGUUUUGGAAGAUGAGACCAAGGGACCAUCACCCGAGGUUGUAAACAUUGCUGUUGUGUUGGAGCAGGUCGUCGUUUUGAAAGAUCUCCCAGAUAUUUCUACUGCUCUUGCAUACCUUUUUGGCCUUCUGUAUGCAUUAAACAUGUCCUAUCCUCAAGCUUUUAAGUACACUUUUGACAUCAUUCAGAAUGUUUUCAUGGAGCUGGGAUCUGGAUGCACCAAACGUGUACUUUCUCUGAAGAACAAACUGUUGUAAAGAAAAUCAGAAUCUGGAUUCUUUUUGAUGUUCAUUUGUUAUCAGACCUAAAGUGCGCUUGGAUACAAGGUCUGGGGAUUCUUAGUUGGCAUCUCUAUGUCUUUUUACAGAUGUCAAACUGUUCCAAAUGCACCAAACGUGUGCUUUCUCUGAAGAACAAACUGUUGUAAAGAAAAUCAGAACAGUGUUUUGGGAUCCUUUUUGGCUUUCAUUUGUAAAUAGACCUAAAGUGCAGCUUGGAUACAACGUGAUUCUUUUAGGUGGCAUCUCUUUUGCUUGUCAUAAGAUGUCAGACUGUUCUUAUUGGGGUGGUUUCCCGGACAGGGAUUAGACUAUUCCUAGUCUAAAACAUUUUUAAGAGCUGUCCAAACUAAAAACAACUUGCACUUACAUAUCUUAAAAUACAUCAGUGCCCUUUUGUUUUGCCUCAAAAUGCACACAGGUAAUGUUUUAAGUAAGGCAUGUUUGUUAAAACUAGUUAUAUUUCCUAAUUAAACUAAGGCCAAGUCCUGGAUUAAAGGCGGAGUCCACGAUGUUUGAAAAACGGUUUGGAGAAGGAGACGGGCCGACUACCAAAACACACUUAUAGCCAAUCAAAUCAAAUCAAAUGCCGGUUUGCGUAUGUGUGGGGCGGGUCUAUCAACAGAAGGUCCAGAUUCUAUUGGGGUAGGGGCGUGUUUGUUUAGGUGAUUUCAAAUAUCAACAUUGGCUUUCAAACAUCAUGGACUCCGCUAAUCCCUGUCCGGGAAACUGCCCCAAAGUGUUUAUAAUUGUAAUUUUGUAUUACAUAAUACCAUACCAGGUUAGUGGUUGCAGUAAGCAUGUCUGCUCUUAUAACUGGUUGUUUAAAAUUGAAAUUGUUAAAGGGAUAGUUUAUCCAAAAAUGGAAAUUGUCACAUUUUUGGCACUCAUUUUUUUUUUUACAAAUGUCUUCAUUUUGAGGAACAGGAAGAAAGAUGCUUUGAGGAAUGUUUGUAACAAAACCAUUCAUGAGCCUCAUUCAUUUUCAUAGUAGGAAAAAAUAAUACUUUAGAAAUGAAUGGGGCUCAUGAUCUGUUUUGUUACAAACAUUCCUCAAAAUAUCUUAUGUUCAUCAAAUCAAAUACAUUUAUACAGGUUUGUAACAACAUGGGAGUAAGAAAAUGACACAAUUUUCAUUUUUGGGUGAACUAUCCUUUUAAAUAAGUGUUUUAAAUGUUGGUUUAAAUGUGGUAAUUUGAAAAGGUUUAGAUUAUAGAACAUGUCAAGACAUUAAAAACAUUUUAUUGUUGGAUAAAAACAAAAAUCCUUAAUUGAUACAAGUUUUAUGCUGUUACAGUUAAGUGAUUGUCUGUAUGCUUCGUGUAUGCAAAAUUUAAGUUCCUACUGAAGAUGGAAUCUAGACUUUUUAAAGUGCAGCUGCUGUGUCACAACUUAAAAAAAAAGUUAAAUGUUGUGAAGAGUUUGGGGUUGUGUAGCAUCUUAUUUCUAAUUGAAAUAAAUGAUGCUAAAAAGAA